AUGAGAAGUUGGUUUAACUGCUUGAACUUUAUGAUGUCGAAGUCUAAACUUUCAAAUUUAUUAAAAGGCAAGAGUGUGCCAAAUGUAAGUUUAGUAUAUUAAUUAAAAUUCUGACCUGUUUUUAAGGCCUUUGCCCUAUUAUCUAUAACACAUCCAAGUGAGUUUGAAUAUCAAACUGAAUAUUGCUUCAUAUUUAUUUAAUAAUUUUGGUAGCAUUUGUGUUAAUUAUCAUCCAAUAAAGUAUGUUUUUAAGCCAUGCUAUAAUUGUUAAAUAUUUUGGUACUUCUGAAUUCUUGAAAUUAUUUGAUAUUAUCAGUGAUAGAAUUUUUGCAAAGAUAGAUAAACAUUGAACUAAUUUCUUAAAUUAAUAUAUACAUUUUUGGGGUUAGUGCAUGAAUCUUUUCUGUUACAUUUUCAUUUGCCCUAUGACUAUGAUGAUGUAGCAUAAAGGACAUUUCUUGCUUUACCUUUUUAACAAUUUUUUUUCUUAAUGAAUUUUAGCUACCAACUUUUACCUCACCAUGGACCAAGCAGGAUAAAGAUUUGAUGAAAGCUGUUGAAAGUGAAAAUGUAAAGAAAGUUGCCACUCUCUUAUUUAAAAAACCUGUUGUUACAACAAAGCUUGGACCUCAGGGGAAAUCUGUGUAAGUUUAGAUUGAAUGAGUCAAAUGUUAAACUCUAUGUCUAAGAUAUGUAUUUAUGUUUUUUGUAAAGCUGCUUCAUUUGUCUUUUUAUGCAUAUUUGAUGUACUUUUUAAACUAAUCUUCUAAUUUAGGUUUCAUGCAGCAUGUGAAAUUGGAAAUAAGCAAAUCUUUGAUUUGAUCCUGUCAAAAACUCAAGAUGUCAAUGACACAACAUGCCAAGGUGAGUACAUUUAAACAUAUUUCUAUUUGAAAAAUUAAUAAUCAAAAUGAAUACAUUUUUUUAAGCAAAAAUGUAUGAUAAAUUAAAGUUUAAAAAAAAACAAAAAACAUAAAUCCAGAAAAGUAACCCCCCCCGACCCCCCCCCCCCAAAAAAAAAACAACAACAAACACAUACACUUACACUUUUCCUCCUAAAAAUUAAUAAACAAAAUAAAUACAUUUUUUUAAGAAAAAAUGUAUGAUAAAUUAAAGUUUAAAAAAAAACAAAAAACAUAAAUCCAAAAAAGUAACCCCCCCCGCCCCCCCCCCCCCAAAAAAAAAAACAACAACAAACACAUACACUUACACUUUUCCUCCUCCUUUUCCAAAUACACUUAAGACAGCUUAAUAAACAUAAUCACCUCUUCUCAUGUUUUUGUUUGAUUAUUUUUAUGUUUUCAAUAAUAUCCCAUGGUUUCUCCAGUUAAUCUCCCCCUUACUUUUACCAAAAAGUACUAAUUCCAAAAUGUUUGGCAAUAAUACUUAUUGGGAUUAUUAUUUGGCUUCUAGGUAUACCAGCACUUCAGACUGCAGCUGCUAAAGGUCAUAUAUAUACCGUUGAAAAACUUUUACAGGUAAUGUUUAAUGUACACAUAUAAUAUCUUUUCCUUUUAACCAUGUUUUUUCAAAAUGGUUCUGUGUGUUAGUAAAGUUAGUUUUAAAAGCAAAAAAUAGUUUUGAAUGUCAUGUGAUUGAGUUUUUAUUAAGAAUAAUAUAUAAGGGGACUCCUUGGUAACACAUAUGUUUUGGUUUUAGACACCUUAUUGUCUCUAUCUUUAUCAUAUUAUUCCCACUACUGACAAGAUAAGUUCAAUUUUUCUCAUCCUCUUUGUUACUGUUUGUUUUAUUGGCCGAUGAAGGCUUACAGCCGAAAUAUUCAUUUGAUUGUCCUGUUUUUUUUUCUAUCCAGCUUUCACCUAACCUGCUCUACUAUUUCUUGAGUUUGUUUUUAUUGCACAUUUAAUUUAAAUUAACAUUUGGAAGUUUUGCUUUCUAAUUCCUUUCUGUGAUAUUUAAACAGGAAGGGCAAAUAAAUAUUGUCAAACAGCUAUAGCUAGCUAAAACAUUGAUUUUAAAUGUUAAUUCUACUUAUCUAAAUACAACUGUUGUUUCAAAGAUUUAUAAUUUUUAAAAUUUAUUCUUCAGAACCAUGCAAGUGUUGACCAGAGAGACAGUAAUGGCAUGACAGCCUUACAUCAUGCAUGUGCUGGCCAGUAUUUAGAAUGUGUUAAACUUCUUUUGAUGAAUAAAGCUGAUCCCCAGUCUGCAGAUCAGGUGAAGAUUUCAAAUUAUUUUUUUUAAUGCCUUUUCAUUGUUUUUUUUUAAAUAUAAUAAUUUUGUAUAAAUACUUUUAUUUCUAAAAAUUAUACAUUGUUUACACUGCUCAAGAAGCAUUUAUUUGUUAGAAAAAGGAGGCUUUUGCAUAAAGAGAUACUUUCUUGGGUUGUUGGAGUAUGAACAUGAUUGUUUAAUCUAACAUUAUUGAAGCACAAAAAUACAAAUUGAACUAAGUGUUGCUUCUUGUAGGGAGGGAAGACUCCUUUACACUAUGCUGCACACAAAGGUGGUCCCAACUGUGUACAGAUUUGUAAGUGGUUGCUGGAAAACGGUGCACAGAUCAAUUGGCAAGACAAAGAUAAAAUGUAAGAGCCUGUUUUUUUCUUCUCUUUUUAAUAUGCACUUUAGCAAUCAGAUAAAUUUUGUGCUGGUUGUUAUGUUAAAAUACAUAUAAAAGUGUUUAUAGCCAAAGCUUUUGAGCACUUUUGAGCACUUUUCCUGCUGUUUUAUUUGUUUAUUGUUUAAAUUUCAUUUAUUUAAAUGAACACUUUCUUUAAAUUUGCAGCUCGCCAUUGAUGUUAGCAGCUAAAGAAGGACAUAGUGCAGUUUGUGAAUUUUUGCUGAAAAGAGGAGCGAACCCAGAGCUAAUGGAUAAAGAGGGUAAUUAAUGAAUUUGUUAAGAUUAGCUAGUUGCUAUUCUUGUCUACUGCUGUGAAAUAGAUUUAGAAACGUGAAUGUUUGGUAUGAAAAGUUGUUGACCCUGAGACGGUUUUGUGAGUUGUAGCUCGUGGGGUUAGUUCGUGGUGUAGAGUUUUAGUGUAUGCUGGGUGUUGGUUGGGAGUAGAGAAGAAAGUAGGCUGAGGGCAGAGUGUGUUUGGUUAUGUUGAGUCAGUGUUCCUAAGUGUUUUGAGAGAGAAUUUGUCGUAAACUCAUAUUGGAGUGUCAGUCAUCUUGUUUGCUGAUGGCAAGGAGUUUUUCAUUAUGUGCAACUAGUUUGAACACAGUGUCAUAUUCAAGGAGAACUUGUUAAUAAGAACUCUGUUAUUUCCACUCAGCAUUAUUACUAAUUACAGUGACCAAGUGUGGUCGUGGACGAAAGCAUUAGAAAUAAUUGUUUCCUUAAACAACAAGAAGGGCUUAUCAAACUGCCCAUUGAGCAUCUGCCCCUACUGUGAGAGUUGUUAAUGUGUAAGAAGGAAGCUCGUAAAUGGAAGAUCUUAACGUUAUGAAGAUCACAACAUUUACUAUAGUUGCUAUAAUUGUCUGCUAUAGUUCAAAUAGUUGUCCAUUAUUUCGACCAAGGCGGUAUAUUGUUUCAUAAAAUGGUUAAAGAGUAUUUUGUGUUUUUAACAGUAGUGGUAUAGACAGGAACACUGGUUAGGGCCAUGAAAUGCCGAAUGCCCGCUCUAUUUGUUUUUGUGCACUCGACCAACAAGCUGAAAAUUUGUUUAAUAAUAAAAUUUCAAAACAUAUUCGUCUUUUUGAUGAAAACGUAUUGAGUGCUCAAACAAGUUGCUAUUGAUUGAAGAGGAUAAGGUACCUAAAUAAGUUCACGUUUUUUGUAAAGUUUGACUAAACAAAGGAAGAAUUCUCCCUAAGCUUGAACAAUUUUAAAACAGUUUUAUUCUAUUGUUUAUUUACAGGCCAUGUAGCAAUAGAUUAUGCAAAUAAAAGAGGUCAUUCAAAUUUAAAAGACAUCUUUGACAGGGCACCAUCAAGAGCUUUUGAAAGCAGUUCAGAAAGAGGUUGGCGUAUUUAGUUUUUUUAAAUUGUGAAAAUGAGUAAUUUCUUUAAAUAUUUGUUAUAGAAUAUAAUGACAAUUUCAUUUUGUUGAUAAAAUCUAGUAAUACUUAACACAUCAGUAAACCAAUACAUUUUGUUUAAUUUUAUAGUAAGAAGAAUAGAAAUGAUACAUUUGUAGAAAUUACAGUUAAGACUUAAAAUUCUAUUAAUUCACUGCUGACCUGAGAGCUGCUUGUCAAUAAUGUAUAUGUAUAUAUACUUAUUCCAGGAAGUUUUACACCUAGUGAAUCAGGCUCCGCUUUACAUGAUCAGGUAGAACUUAACAUUUACAUGCAUAUCAUUUUGUUUAGCAUGAAACCAUUAGGGCAUGUCACAUAUAUUUUUAUAUAUUUUAUUAUUAAAACAGCAUUUUGUGUUCAUUUUAUUUCAAUGUUUUUCACACAUUCAUUUGCUUGAUCAACCUUUUUUUGUCUUCAAAAUAAUAAUAGCAAAAUCUUAUUUUUUCAUAAAAGUGUUACAUUUUUUAAAAUUAUAAACUUCUAAGCUAAAUUUCUUAUUUUAAAGCUUAUAUUAUUUCUCUGCAGGUUGAAAGUAUGCAUAUGCAUUCAAUGCUUCAUUCACCUUCAGGUCCAAGGGGUGUUUCAAUGAUCAGUGACAGUGAGGUAAGAAUCAGUAUUUGCAAAAAAAACUGUGUUUCUUUUUAAAUUUUAGUUAUUGUUUUUACUUAAAUAAAAAGAAAAAAUUAAAAUUAAAUUAUGUGUUAUAUUUUUAAAUACUACAUAUUAAUUGAAUGUUCAGUAAAAGUAAAAAAAAGUAAUUUCUUUGCAAUUCUGCAUAAAAGUGUCAGAUGUUAUUAUUUAAAACACAUUAAGCAUUUUCAGUACAAUAAUGCAAUAUCUGGAAUUAAUUAUGUCUCGCACUUAGUCAAGGUGAUGAAAUAUUAUAAUAUGUUAAGAGAGAAAAUAGUUUUCUUUGUGAAUUUAGUAUUUGAUCUUUGUUUCCUUUCUUGUGUGUCCUAGAGUGUCAGUAGGACAGAUGUUCACUCACUUCAUUCUUUCCAUUCUAUGGAUGACACUCUCUUAAGCAACCAUCGUCAUUCCCCAGAAGCUUAUCGACAAAGUAUCUCAUCAAAACUAGAAACUAGUUUCAAAGUAAGUGCCGUGCAAACAUUAUUGUUAUAAGCCACGGGAUACUCUCUGCAAAAAUGAAGGUGCAUAAAGAUUUUGAUAAUCUGAAGUUAUAACAUUAUUAUAUUAAUUUUUCUAAAAUAACAUUUCUUUUCAACUUGUAUAUAUUUAAUAUUUCACUAAGUUUGUCUUGCUAUACCAAUAUCACUCAUGUUUUUCUUUAAAAUAUUUUAAAAUGUCAUUCAAGCCUUUUAAACAACAAAUUUCUCUAAUAAAUAGGAUGAAAAAUGAUUUUUUAAAUCAAAUAUGAAAAUUAUUCUCUCAUGCAUAAAGAAACAUUGAAGGGGGUGUACUUAUAUUGAAGGGCGUGUACUUAUAUUCAAGGGCGUUUGCUUAAAUUGGACCAUAAUUUUCUAGGAGUUGAAAGAAGAACAUGAUCAACUCAAUGAGGACUACAACAGCUUAUCAAAAGAAAACUUUCGUCUUAAGGACAAAGUAGAAACUCUCCAAAUGAAAUUGGCAGAGAAGCGAGAGCAGGAAUCUCAUGGGGUGCGUAAUUUGCUCUGUCCAGCCUUUAUAUGAUCUCAGAAGAGAAACAGUUUUCUUGCAUUUUUUGCCUUUAAUAUUUCACAUAUCUGAUGAGUUGUGUCAAUGCAUAGAAUAUUUUUAUCUAAACAAAAAUUAACUUACCCUCAUGUACUUGUCAUUUAUAGUACAUUUUUAAUUGAAGCCUUAUAGGUACUCAUCAGUAUCCUGAAUGAAAAAUUUUUAUUUUUAGCUUCUUCAUAGACAAGGUUAAGCACUAACUACACUAGAUGAAAACUAAAAAUACUGAGAUUGUAGUAAGACUUAAAUUGUGCUUUGUGAUAAUCCUUAAUAAUAAGAAGCAUACAUGUUUAAAUAGAUAUUUUAUUACCUUUUGAUUGUUCAUGUUUUUUUUUAAUACUUUUUUUUUUCAUACCCUUUAACAGUCAAUUGUCUUAAACUUUAAUAUGUUUAAAAAUUUAACUUUUGACGAAUUUUCUCAAACUUGGCACUAAAUUAGUAAAUAUGACAGAAAAAUGCAAUACUAACAUUAGAUCAUUGUAUUCACUUUUCACCAACACAAUUAGCAUCCAGGUACAACUACACUCAAAACAGUGUAUGAGGAAGAGGUAAGUUACUAGUUCUAUUUCUACAUCAAUAUUCAAAAUGAUGAAUUAGGAAUUAUGAUAAAACAAUAAUAUUAGUAAUCAAAGUCACAUUUAUUUCUGUCCACUACCAUGAUUUCAUUUAAGCACAGAAGUACUUCUUAAACCUGAUUCAAUUUAUUUUAAAAGAUUUUUCUUGUGGUAAUUCAUUUUUUUAUUCAAUUGGUUUUUGAGAAAGAAAAAAAAAAGUAAUGGAAAAAAUCUAAUUCAAAUAGAAAUGCUGAUUGAAAGUAAAGUUCUUCAUUGCCUAAAACAAAUUAACUGAGAGGAUUCCAUGUUAAAACUUUAUUUGAAUAUAUUGUACUGAUAAAGUUUGUUACAAAAAUGUCUUUAAAAUUCACAUCUUGGCAUUUUUGUCUAUAUCCCUAGAUAAAAAAUCUAAAGGAACAGUUGAGUGUUGAGAGAAAAAGGCUGGAGGAGAUAGAAAAGAAACAGGUGAGGUGUUAGGUACCAUUAUGGUUUUGAAAAUUUAAUCCGUUUUAUGAUUUGGCUCAUAGAAUAAAAAAUAUGUAUCAAAGGACUGAAAACCAGUGUACAAAGAAAAAUGAUACAAAACUAGUUAUAAUAACGAUAUUCAAUUUAAUUAUACUAUUAAAUUUCUAUAAAAAUACAAAUUCAAAUAUACAGAAACAAAAAAAAAACUACACCAACUUACGCCACAGCAAGUGAAAGGUACAACCCUCUUAAAAUAAAAAUAUUAUUUUAUACACACACACACAUAAAGAGUACCCAUACAAUCUUGCAUUUAUAUAACAUCUAAUAUAUGUUAGGAAAUAUAGCAAAAAUCUGCCGGCCCAUAUAUAGGGGUUAAAUAAAAAACAUUGAGGAAAGACAUUCUAGAAACUGGCUCAGCUAGUAGGAUUCUUUAGAACAAAUAGAUUGCAUUCCAACGUAAAACAACCUUUAUAUAGUCAAGGGAGGGUGGGUAAGGAGUGACACAGCACAUUUACUGGGUGAUGUCAAUAUCAAAACAAAGGGUAGUUAAGUGUUGGUGGCUAAGAAUAGCCAUACACAUAUGCCAUAACAUGAGAAUUACAUUAUUUAUGUUUGAGUAACAGAUACGUUAACAUAAUGAUGAGGUAUAUUUCAAUUCUCUAAUCAUAGCCAAUAAUUUGGUUUAAAAAAUUGAACAUAAAAAAUCAAUUCUUUAUCCAAAUAUUAUUAUUUUUGUGAACCUUCAGAUGUCUUCAGAUGAAGUCAUAACAAACAAAGAUGGAUGGUCAGAGAGGGAUGAUGAUGGUAAAUGUUAAAAUAGUUAUGCUUUGAUUUGUUUAUUGUGGGCUUCAGAGUAAAGAACUUAUUCAAGUAUAAAUAUUUCAUUUAAGCUUAUAGUGGCUCAGAGUAAUGAACUUAUUUGUGUUGAAAUAUCUCACUUACACUUAUAUUGCUUCAGAGUAAUGAAUUUAUUCAUGUAGAAAUAUUUCAUUUACGCUUAUAGUGGCUCAGAGUAAUGAACUUAUUUGUGUUGAAAUAUCUCACUUACUCUUAUAGUGCUUCAGAGUAAUGAACUUAUUCAUGUAGAAAUCUCCCAUUUAGAGAAAGGGAGUAACAUUUUUAUCUUCUUAAGUUCUGAAAAAAUACUGGAAUUAUCUUGAAUGUUUUCCAGCGAGGGUUGAUUUUAACAAUAAUCUCUGAAAAAUGGUAUGGUAAUUGACUUUUAGAGUAAUGACAACUAUUCCGCAAAUUGAGUUUGAUUUCGAACCUAUUGGUUCUAGAUUGGAUCCUUUUAAAUACUGCUGUAUGCUUAAGGGGAGGGUGGUUUGCAUAGCCACACAGUCCAUCUAAAGGUUCAUCAUCUGUUGUUGUUUGCAGAUCCAAACAAGCAUCAAGAGAAAAAUGUUUCCAAUGAAAGCCAAACAGUUGCAAUGCUGAGGAGCCAAAUUUUGAUACUGAAGCAGGAGAAUGAGCAUCUCAAGUCUUCAUUGGUAAGUACAUUCUGCAGAUACCUCUUAUGUUCCAGAAAAAACAAAAACACUUGAAGUCUACAAGUUUUAUUCAUGUUCUUAUUUCAAAUUAGACCAUAGGCGUCCAAACAAAUCCUAGGUCAUUGAAGACACACCCCAUAGGCGUCCAAACAAGUCCUAGGUCAUUGAAGACACACCCCAUAGGCAUCCAAACAAGUCCUAGGUCAUUGAAGACACAACCCAUAGGCUUCCAAACAAAUCAUAGGUCAUUGAAGACACACCGUCAAAUUUUAAACCAAUAUUUAGGUAUUGGGAAUUUAAAAAUCCCAUAUAGUAAAUCAAAUUAAAAUGUUGACUUUGUUCAUAGGAGUUGUAGCUAUACAUAGCUUGAAUGUGAAGUUGUAUAGAUAUCCAAAAAGAGUCUCUUUUUAAAUUGAUGAAACGGCUUGGGAUGAUUUCCCACAAUUUUUUCCAACAGUACAAAAAUUACAUCACAUCAAAUUAUUUAUUUUUUUACUUCUAUUAUUGGGAACACUUAUUGAGGCUAACAAAAAAAAAAGAUAUUAAAAAUACAUUGUCAUUUUAUUUAUGCAGUGUAAAAAAUUGGCCAAAUUUGCUUUAUCAUUAUCCUCUUUGUAACAACCACUGUGCUGAAGCUAAUCAAUUGGUCAUGCUCUUUUCGGUGUGUUGGAAAGUCCUUUACUAUAACAGUACAAAGUCAUUGUUAAUUUAAAACAGCUCUACCCUAUUCACAACUUGAAUUUAGGUGGCAAGUCACUUAUAUGACCUUGAUAAUGUUAAGCAUUAGUCUUGGCUCCAUACCACCCCGUGAUUUAAAAAGUCUAUUUAUUCCUUUUCUAAGUUCUUGAAAAACUGAAUAUCUGCCACAGUACUUGUGUUGAUGGCAGUUUUGCUGACAGGUGAAUGGAAUAUUGGAAAUUAAAAAAAACUAUCAGAUUUUAUGUGAAGCAAUAUUCCCUGAAAUUAUCACACUUAUCUAUAAAAGAGUUUUGCUUUUGUACAGGCUUUACCUUUAAAGCUCAACAUAUUUUUUUAAGCUAAAAGGUAAUUGAUCAACGGGGAAUGAUGUUAUUUUUUUGUUUUUAUUGUUAAUUUGCAUGUGUUGAUGAAAUAAUAUUCAUAGUUUUAUCAUUUAAAUUGAUCAUCAUGUCAUAAAUAGUAUUUUAAAAUAUUUUUAUCUUACUUUCAGGCUCUGCCUAAUGGCUUUUUGGAACCUCUGAUGGAUGGGGAAAAAAUCAGUGAGGCAUAUCAAAAAGAUAUUAAACUUCUAAAGUUUGAGAAAGAUGAACUCCAAUCCCACAUUGAACAGGUGAGGGAAGGUUAUGUUACUUUUGUAAGGCAAUAUGGUGUUCUAAUGUCUAUACUCAGUACAUCUGUUGUGUACAUGGGAAGCUUUCAACAUUCUUUAGAGUAAUUAUGUUAAUUGUAAUGUAUUGUAACGUUAUUAUAGUUGCCAGUAUUUUGUGAGCAUUAUUUUGGAAUGUCUGGUAUCUAGAUAAUUUAUAUUAUGUAUGAAGGAAAUGUGAAUCACAUGUUUUAAACAUAAAUCAUGACAAUGUUCAUUUUCAGCUGAAAGAAGAAAAAUCUAAACUGGGUGCAUCCAUGGACAAGGAAGAACUGAUUCACCAAAACUCAAAGAUGGCAGCCGAAUUGGAUGUCCUGCGCCAGGAGGUCACAUCUCUGAGGACGUCACUGGAAGUUGCCAAUGCCGUGCAAACUGAUGACCAAAGGCUCGAUGCCAUAAUCAAUAGAAAUUUUGAGGUAAAUUCUAAUAAAACUAUUUGAAACUAUUUCUGCUUUUAACAAAGAAAUUUACAUUUAGGAAUUGUUCAAAAUGCCAAUGCACAAUCAAGAACCUACACACAUUCAUGAACCUACACACAAGCAAGAACCUACACACAAGAAGAACCUACACACAAGCAAGAACCUACACACAAUCAUGAACCUACACACAAGCAAGAACCUACACACAAUCAUGAACCUACACACAAGCAAGAACCUACACACAAGCAAGAACCUACACACAAUCAAGAACCAACACACAAGCAAGAACAUACACACAAACAAGAAUCUACACACAAUCAUGAACCUACACAGAAGCAAGAACCAACACACAAGCAAGAACCUACACACAAUCAUGAACCUACACACAAGCAAGAACCUACACACAAGCAAGAACCUACACACAAUCAUGAACCUACACACAAGCAAGAAGCUACACAUAAUCAUGAACCUACACACAAUCAAGAAAACAAAACAUCUCACAGUACAAUCAGGGAUGUACACACCUCAUAGUCCAAUCAAAAACAUACACACCAAAUUCACCAAAUGCCUUGCAACAGAUCAAUUUUAGGGAAGAACAAAAGCUCAGACAGCAACUUUCAAGACUGAAGCAACAAGUGCAAUUUAAUAACGAAACAAGUUUACAAUUAUUUGAAUCAACAAAAGCAUUCUAUAUUAUCUUAAAUUGAUACCUCCAUGAUUUUUUGUGUGUGGAAAGGGGGUGUUUAAAUUUUAAAUAAGUUUUAUAAAGAAAUCACCCAAAAAUCACUAAAAGAUUUUUUGGAAUCUACCAUCUCAAGGUCUGAUGCUGUGUCUAAAAUGCACAUUUCGGCAUAUCAUUUUGCUUUACCUCAUCUUCAGAAUUCAUUCACCUUAAUUUAAUAGAAUAAUACUUAAAUUUUCUUAACGAUUGGUUUUUAAGCUGGCUAGUUUUAUUUAGAUUUGUCAUCUACUUAUCUAACCGACAUGCAUUUGUUUCACUGUUCAAUGAACAGGAAGUGAACUUUGACGAAGAAGGUUUUGUUGAGGGUCGUGACAUGACCAAAGAGGAGUUUUUCCAAGGUCAAAACCAGCAGCUGAAAGCGCAGUGUGCCCUCCUGAAGGAGGAACUUGUCAAGCUAAGAACUACAUUUGAGGCAAUACUGAAAGCUGGGGACAACCUGCAGGCUGAUUAUGACCAGUUGGCGGUUAGUAAAUGCUCAAAUGUUGGAUAAAAAAUAAUAGCAAAAUAUCUAAAUGUUACCAGUUAAUAUUCUUCAAGGGCCCAGCUAGUAGCUCUUCUUGGCUCCUGCUAGUGGAUCAGCAGCUUGUCAUAUCUGCUAGUUAAUGUCAAAAGUUAUUUGUGUAAGUAGCAAGUAUUGUUAUCCCAGUCACUGUGGCUGUGCUAUUUCCGUACUUAAGUUUCCUGAACAAAGGGAAGUAACUCCAUUUUGCAAUUGAUUUACAUUUCUAAAAAAAAAUUUAUUUUACCUGCUAAAUAUUAAUUUAUAGUAACGAAUUAAGGAUAAAUCCAUCCUGAAAUGAAUUUGGACUAAGAUAAGCAUAGCAUUAAAAUUUUUAAAAAUAACAUGGGUAGUCGUCAUUUUUUAAUCAUAUUUUUAUAAGCAUUAUAUCAUUUUGUAGAUAAAUGAAUUUUUCUUUAUGAUAAAUGUGAAAUAAUUUUUUUUUUUUUUUUAGUAUUGUCAAAAAUUAUAAAAAUGUGCCAGUAUGCCUUCAAGUUUUGAAUUUCCAAAAAUUUAUUUAAUUAUGAAAUAAUUUUUUUUUUUUUUUUUUUUUUUUUUUUUUUAAUUUUUUCAAAAAUUAUAAAAAUGUGACAGUAUUUUUUUUAUUUUUUAAUUUUCAAAAAUUUAUUUAAUUAUGAAAUAAUUUUUUUUUUUUUUUUUUUUUUAGUAUUGUCAAAAAUUAUAAAAAUGUGCCAGUAUGCCUUCAAGUUUUGAAUUUCCAAAAAUUUAUUUAAUUAUGAUUUAUACUUUGAAUAAUUUCUGUAUGACAUCUACACCAAAUUAGAAAAGGUUUCCAAGUUUAGACAAAUUCACAAUUGAAAAACAUAUCUCCAACUUAUUUCCAGCAUGUCUUCUUUUGGUAACCUUAUCACUAAUUGCAAUGAAAAAUACUUGCUAACUACCCUCAAAAUACGAUAAAUAUGACAAAAAGAAAUUUUUUUUUUUUUACAUUCUAAAUGUCCCAUGUGGUCUUUAACUUUCUGUUGGAAAAUUAAAAUCUCAAACUGAAAUGCAAGAAAGAAUGUCAAUACAUAACUAGUUUUACUAAGAAACAAAUCAUGAUGCACACAGAGGCUCUUGGCCAUGACAGAAGGAUUGGUUGGUGCUACUAGCAGCUUGUGGUAGUUAACCAGACAAGCACGUAAAUAAACUUGAAAUAUUGAAAAAUAAACCAACAAGGAAAAUGUUGACUGUUUUUGUUGGUUAAAUCAAAUCAGUAGGGUAGUAAAGAUAUUGUUUUCUAAAUUCUCAUUUUCUUCACAAAAAAUUUUUUUUUUCUCAGGCUGAAAAAGAUGCCCUUCAGGAUGACCUAGAAACUGCCCUCAAUCAGAAAAAGGAUGUUGUAACUGAGAAUGAAUACCUCCUGAAUGACACCAAUGAGCUCCAUGAAAACCUGAACAAACUUGUUCAUGAGCUGGAGAAGAUGCAGGAGAAAUAUCAGUCAGCACAGGCAGAAAAUGAGGAGCUGAAGAGAAGUGUCACUGUGGCCAGCAAGGUGGGAGAGGUGGCCAGAUUGUUGGAAGAGAGGGACACACUGCAGCAAAGAUGUGCAGAGUUUGAAGAAAGCUCAGGGAGAUUGCAGGUAGGGAAACAUGAGAAUAAGCCAGCUAUGAUCAUAAGUCAUUUCAGUAUAAUAUUAUAAAUAUUGGUUAUAAUUAUUAGUUAUUAUGUAGCCAGUAAUGGCAGUAAUGUAGCUAUUUUGUAGUAGCAGACGAAGGUUAGCAGUAGUGCUGCCAUUUUUUAGGAGCAGCAGUAGGAUAGCAGUGAUGCAGCCAUUUUGUAGUAGUAAUAGUAGGUUACCAAUAGUGUUGCCAUUUUGUUGUAGCAGUAGCAGGGUAGCAGUAAUGUAGUGUAGGGUUGUGGGUCAGCAGAAGUUUUAGAAUUGAGAGGGACUUCUUACUAAAGCUGAUUAUGUUAUUUAACAACACUAUUUUGUUUCAUCACCCAUGUCUAUUUGUAUUGCUAGAUUGGUGAUAGAAGAUAUGAAGUUUUUAAAUAAUUUAGGAUCACGUUAGGAAGAAAACUCUUUGUAACUUUAUAUCUCAACUGAAUUAUUUUUUCUUAACUAUUUUAACAAAUAUGUUUAGUCUUUUAAGACAAAUAAGUUUAGUCUUUGUUAACUCAAAUAUUUUUAGUCUGUUAACACAAAUAAGUUUGGUCUGUUAACACAAAUAUGUUUGGUCUGUUAACACAAAUAUGUUUAGUUUGUUAACACAAAUAUGUUUAGUUUGUUAACACAAAUAUGUUUAGUUUGUUAACACAAAUAUGUUUAGUUUGUUAACACAAAUAUGUUUAGUCUGUUAACGCAAAUAUGUUUAGUCUGUUAACACAAAUAUGUUUAGUUUGUUAACACAAAUAUGUUUAGUUUGUUAACACAAAUAUGUUUAGUCUGUUAACACAAAUAUGUUUAGUCUGUUAACACAAAUAUGUUUCAUCUGUUAACACAAAUAUGUUUAGUCUGUUAACACAAAUAUGUUUAGUCUGUUAACACAAAUAUGUUUGGUCUGUUAACACAAAUAUGUUUAGUUUGUUAACACAAAUAUGUUUAGUUUGUUAACACAAAUAUUUUUACUCUGUUAACACAAAUAUUUUUACUCUGUUAACACAAAUAUGUUUGGUCUGUUAACACAAAUAUGUUUAGUCUGUUAACACAAAUAUGUUUAGUUUGUUAACACAAAUAUGUUUAGUCUGUUAAUUAACACAAAUAUGUUUAGUCUGUUAACACAAAUAUGUUUAGUCUGUUAACACAAAUAUGUUUAGUCUGUUAACACAAAUAUGUUUGGUCUGUUAACACAAAUAUGUUUAGUCUGUUAACACAAAUAUGUUUAGUCUGUUAACACAAAUAUGUUUGGUCUGUUAACACAAAUAUGUUUAGUCUGUUAACACAAAUAUGUUUGGUCUGUUAACACUAAUAUUUUUACUCUGUUAACACAAAUAUGUUUAGUUUGUUAACACAAAUAUGUUUAGUUUGUUAACACAAAUAUGUUUGGUCUGUUAACACAAAUAUGUUUAGUCUGUUAACACAAAUAUGUUUGGUCUGCUAACACAAAUAUGUUUGGUCUGUUAACACAAAUGUGUUGGUCUGUUAACACAAAUAUGUUUAGCUCUUAUUUUAUAAAUACUUAAUUGUCAUUGUCUUGACUUGAUCAGCAUGACCACAACAUUCUUUUGGAGGAAGUCCAGAGCCUCAGUGAGGAAGUUGGCCAACUGACAGCAGAAAGGGAUCAGCUGACAACAGACAUGGUAGAGCUGGAAGCUGUGUGUCACCAGCAUGAGGCCCUGCAACAAGAAUUUAACCAGGUGGGCUUUACACUCAAUAUCUCUCAUGUUACCCUAUGACCACUAACAAUAAUAUAAGCCAGGUUGCCCAGUUGGUGAUACUAACUUUAGGGAACAUUUUAAAUACUUAUUAACUGUUAUGUUCGAGUUGCAUGAUAUAUUUUUAUCUUUAAUUGUAAAUCAUUUUUGUUGUUCUGUUCCCUUCCUACAAAAGUACAUCAUCUCAUUAUUGUUGUUCUUUCCUUUCAUAUACAAGCACAUCAUCAUAUUUGCUGUUUGUAUAACCUGUCUUUAAUACCACAAGCCAAUUACAAUGUUUGACAUGCGCAGAUGUUGUAGCAGGCAUGCUAAAAUAUUCUACUUUAAUCCACAGCUGGAGCUUGACUUUGGAGAGUUGUUGAGAGAGAAAGAAAUUCUUGAAAAGAAGGUCAGCGGAGAUAGCCAGAAGGCAAUUGAAGAGGCAGACUUUGUCGAGAAGAAGCAGAUCAGACCAGAGUUUGCCGAUCUGCUGAUAAGGAAGGAUGAGGCAAAACAGCAGCUCAAGGAGGAUGGGCAAAUGAAUUUGUCACAAGCAGAAUUUUCUGAAUUACAACAGUUGCAAAAAGACUUUGCAGAAGUUGUGAAAGAGAAGGAGUUGUUAGAAGACCAGCUGAAACAAGCGGCUGAAAGCCAGAGCAGUAAGGGAGAGGCAGGUUCAACUGAGCUUCAAAUGCUGCUGGAAAAUUCCGAUAAAUGGCUCAAAGAAAAAGAAUUAUUAGAAGAACAGAUUAGAGUUUUGGUUGAAAGCCAAAAUGGCGUGGGAGAAGCCAGUCUGGCUCAACUUCAACAGCAGCAAGCAGAGAUCUCUGAACUUUUGAAGAAGAACGAGUUUCUGGAAGAGCAGCUGAGAAAUUCAGUCAACGAGAAAAUUGUCAGUGACUUAAACAUGGCUGAGGCUACACAGUUGCGAGAAGACUUUGUUGAGUUGAUAAAAGAGAAGGAAAUGUUGGAGGAACAGUUGAGAAAUAUUGUAAGUGAUAAGCCAACAGGUGAAUCGGAUCCAGAUGAAGUUGAACAAUUGAGGGAAUUUAUCGCUGAACAACUAAAAGAGAAAGAAUUGCUGGAGGAACAGCUGAGAAAUACAGCAGAUAAACAGAUGGGUGAAUCAGAUCCUGAUGAAGUUGAACAAUUGAAGGCAUUUGUCACUGAACUACUUGAAGAGAAAGAAUUGCUUGAAGAACAUCUGAGAAAUGCUGCCAGUGAUAAACAGAUGAGUGAAUCGGAUUCUGAUCAAGUUGAACAAUUGAAGGCAUAUAUCAGGG